CUCUCGAUAUAGUUUCUUGCUUGCCCGCUCCUUUCGUUUUCCCUUCGGUAUACAAAUUGUGAGUUCAAAUACUUAAACAAAUAUUUCUUUGUUUACUCUCUUAUCAUUAAAGGGUACUCAUUUCUCCAUUUAGCAGAAUCCCAGGUUUCAAAAUAUGGACAAGGUACAAAAAUUAUCGUCCGAGAACGGUGUAGUUAUCUUUAGCAAUAGUACCUGCUGCUUAUCCUAUUCUGUUCUUAUACUAUUUAAAGAACUUGGGGUGAUCCCUUAUGUUCAUGAAAUUGAUCGUGAUCCAGAAGGAAAGGAAAUUGAAAAAGCUCUCUUGAGAAUGGGAUUCAAUGGCCCUGUCCCGGCAGUUUUCAUUGCCGGAAAACUCGUGGGAUCCACCAAUGAAGUAAUGUCCCUCCACCUAAGUGGAUCCCUGCUUCCACAGCUGCAGCCAUAUCAGACUUUAAAUUAAAUCCACAAUUCAAGCAUUGUUCGACUAAUCGGUGUUGACGGGAAGUUGUCCAACGAUUUCUAACGUCAACAAGUAUAAUAUUAUGGUUUGUCUAAAAUCUACUAAGAAAGUAUCGUUCAAAUAUAUUCGAAAUAAUAAGCUUGGCUAUAUUACUAUAAAGAGCUCUAAUGCAGUUCUCUGUCUGUGUAUUUAAUAGUUUUUAGUGCUUCAAUUAGCAUAAGCAUGUAGCUUAAGCUUUGUGUCAAGCAUUCGUUUGCCUAGUUAAAGAGUGAAUUCUACUGUGUGUCCUAAUUAAAUGAAGUUAAUUAUGUUACUUCCUUGUGAUUUUAAAAGUU